UGCAGCAGCCUCAACAUGGACGAGCGCGCCCGAGCCGAGGCCUGGCUCAGCUACCAGAGUAUGAGGAGGAACUACACCCUGGAGGGAAAUGAUUUGCACUGGUUAGCAUGUUCGUUAUAUGUGGCUUGCAGGAAAGCCGUCCCAACAGUUAGCAGAGGGACCGUUGAAGGAAAUUAUGUGUCUUUAAUAAGAAUACUGCGCUGUUCAGGACAAAGUUUGAUAGAAUUUUUUAACAAGAUGAAGAAAUGGGAAGAUAUGGCAGACCUACCCUCCCAGUUCAGAGAACGUACCACGAGAUUAGAAAGAAACUUUACAGUUUCUGCUGUAAUUUUUAAGAAGUAUGAACCCAUUUUUCAGGACAUCUUCAGGUACCCUCAAGAUGACCAACCACGACAGCAGAGAGGGAGAAAACAAAGGAGACAACCUUGCACUGUCUCUGAAGUUUUCCAGUUUUGCUGGGUGCUUUUUGUUUAUGCAAAAGGCAAUUUCCCUAUGAUCAGUGAUGAUUUGGUAAAUUCAUACCAUCUCUUACUGUGCGUCCUUGAUCUAGUCUACGGGAAUUCUUUGCAGUGCCCUAAUCGUAAGGAGAUUCUGAAUCUAGGUUUUAAGGGGCUGCCUGAAGAUUUUCACAGUAAGGAUUUUAAGCUCUCGUCUGAAGCCCCUUGCAUCAUUGAAAAACUCUGCUCCUUGCACGAUGGCUUGGUUUUGGAAGCCAAGGGAAUAAAAGAACAUUUUUGGAAGCCCUAUGUGAAAAAACUCUUUGAGAAAAAGAUUUUAAAGGGAAAAGAGGAGAACCUUACAGGUUUUUUGGAUCCUGGAAACUUCACAGAAAGCUUUAAGGCUAUCAACAAGGCCUAUGAGGAAUACAUCCUGUCAGUUGGAAAUCUAGAUGAGAGGAUCUUUCUUGGAGAAGACGCAGACGAGGAAAUCGGAACCUUGCGGAGAUGUUUAAACACAGCUUCGGAGAUGGAAACAGCCGAAAGGGUACAAAUGAAAUACAAUCUGCAGGAGCACUUCGAACGGACAAAAUCUUUUAGAAUAUCUACGCCUCUUACUGGCCGGAAAUACAUCAAGGAUAGCGAUCCUUACUUGAGCCCCAUUUCCAUCGCGACCCACUGCUUGACACGGCUUCACACAAUGUUGGCAGGGCUGAAGAACGCCCCUAGUGAGAAUCUGGAGCAAAUUCUGAGGGCGUGUUCCAAGGAUCCUUCUCUGUCGAUUGCCAAUAGAGUGAAAGAAAUGUAUGAAAUUUAUUUGCAAAAGGCGCCCUUUUGUGGAGAGUCUGGGAAUUUCUCCAAAGAUUUUGUUGGUAAACACUUCCGUCUCGCUGAGGUCCUUUAUUAUAAGGUUUUGGAAUCUGUCAUAAAACAAGAAAAGAAAAGACUGGAAGAAGCUGACUUAUCUGCCAUCUUGGAGCACGAUGUCUUUCAUAAGUCUCUCAUGGCCUGCUGCCUUGAAGUAAUUAUUUACUCCUACAAGGCAGUGGAUAGCUUCCCAUUCAUCACGGAUGUAUUUGAUGUUCCUGCCUUCCACUUCUAUAAGGUUAUAGAGAUCCUAAUCAGAGCAGAAGAGGGCCUUUCCAGGGAGGUGGUGAAGCAUCUCAAUCACAUUGAAGAACAGAUUUUGGAGAGUCUGGCAUGGAAAAUGGAAUCUCCACUCUGGGGCAAAAUAAAAGAAAAUGAAAAUAAAGUUCCUACCUGUGAAGAGGUAAUGCCACCUCAGUAUUUUGAAAGAUCAAAUGGGAACAGCAUGGCUGGUUCCCCUUUAACUCCGAGGAGAUUAAGUGAAGUUCGUGCUGAAAGUGGAACGCAGGGAAAAGGCGUUUCCUUUUCUCCAGCCACCCUCCACGAACGGUACGGCUCCCCCACCGGCAAUCCUACUAGGAGGAGGCUGUUUGUCGAUAGUGACACCUCCGGGGAGGCCCCCCGGACCCCGGUGAGGCUCUGCCAGCCGCCUGUGAUCAGCACCGUGCCUGUACAGAACGUCUCCUCCGAAACCAUCCCUGUCACUCCGGUGCCUGGGCAGACUUUGGUAACCGUGGCAACCGCCACCGUGACCGCCAAUAACGGGCAGACGGUUACCAUACCGGUGCAAGGCAUUGCCAAUGAAAAUGGCAGCAUCACGUUCAUUCCGGUCCAGGUCGUGGGUGGACAGGCUCAAUCUCUGGCUAGCUCCAUUCCGCCUCUCAGUGCGCAGGCCCUGGCUGGCACGCUGGGCUCUCAGCAGAUGACUGGCGCCACCCUUCAGUUGCAAGGCCAGCUCCAGCCAGCUGCCCAUCCUGGAGAACGGCGACAAAAGCAGCAGAUCAGCAGCGGGGCCAGCAGGUGCCGAAAAGCCAGCUCUCUCUCCCUCUUCUUUAGAAAGGUAUUUUAUUUAGCAAGCGUUCGUCUGCGGGAUCUCUGCAUCAGACUGGAUAUUUCCGAUGAGCUGAGGAAGAAAAUCUGGACCUGCUUUGAAUUUUCACUGGUACAAUGCGCGGAGCUCAUGAUGGACCGACAUCUAGAUCAGCUGUUAAUGUGUGCCAUUUAUGUCAUUGCCAAGGUUACAAAGGAAGACACGUCGUUUCAGAACAUCAUGCGCCACUACCGAAUGCAGCCACAGGCCAAAAGCCACGUGUACCGUAGUGUAUUGAUUAAAGGCAGAAGACGAAGGAAUUCUGGCACCAGCGACACAAACAACCCGCAGACUUCCCCAGUGGAGAAAAAUAAGGACCGAACAAGCCGAGAUUCCAGCCCAGUCAUGAGGUCGAGUAGCACGCUGCCUGUCCCACAGCCUAGUAGCGCCCCUCCUACCCCAACGCGACUCACCGGAGCCAGCAGUGACACUGAGGAAGAGGAGCGUGGAGACCUGAUUCAGUUUUAUAAUAAUGUCUACACAGACCGGAUCAAAGACUUCGCCCUGAAGUACUCCUCAGCCAAUGGAACUGACGUUCCUCCCUUGUCUCCAUAUCCAUUUGUGAGAAGCGGCUCUCCACGCAGAAUCCAACUGUCUCAAAACCACCCAAUUUACAUUUCCCCCCACAAAAAUGAAUGUGCAACUUCUCGGCGUGAGAAAAUAUUCUACUAUUUUAGCAGCAGCCCAUCUAAGAGACUUGAAGAGAUUAACAGCAUGAUUAGAACUGGCGAGACCUCCACGAAAAAGAGGGGCAUCGUCUUAGAGGAGGGGGCAGAAUCACCAGCCAAGCGCAUGUGCCCGGAAAACCACACAGCCCUUCUGAGAAGGUUACAAGAUGUGGCAAACGACAGGGGCUCUCACUGAUGUCAAAGACUCACUGAGAAUUUUUUUAAAUUGCUAUCUGGACUUUGACCAGUAAUAAUAGAAGCUGUGACUUCCACAUCUCCAAGGCACUUUGGGGGCAGAAAUGAAGUACUUUUUUUUUAAUCUGAUGCUCCUGACAUCAAAAAGAGGAAUCUUCUGCUUAUACCACUGACGUCUUCUGCUCAAAGACAGUUGGAAAGUUUGAGAAGAAGAAGGAUUUCCUGCCAGCCACGCUGCGAGUCACACCAGCUUUGCUUGGAUGUAUCCCAUAAAGCAUCGAUGGAUGCUGUUUACAUCCUUUUUAAUUUAUUUGGUAGAAGGGGUUGGUUUUAAACUCAGAACUGGAAGACCAGUACGUUUUUACAUUAGCCCAUUAACAUUUCUUUCUUCUUUUUUUUAGCUAAUUGGAUCUCAUCCAGUGUCAUGUUUAGAAUCGGCAGUAUUUUAACAAUGGAUUUGGAAAUGAGGCAGUCAGCAGUGAUAGAAUCAGUUCUGUAACUAAUUAUCUGACCCAGUUUCGAACUGCUGUGAACCUCCUUUUAAAUUAGGAGUGAAGAUUCUAGCACAUUUGUCAGGCAGUAGUUAAAGCACACUGGAGACAAGACCAGAAAUUGAAAUGGAGGGGAGGAUGGGAAGAUUUAAGCCUCCCCUCCCUUUUCCUCUCCUCUUUUCUCCUCUCCUCUCUUCUCUCUUUUCCCUUUCCUCUCCUUUCCUUCUAUGCCCUUCAGGUGAUACGGGAAUAUUAUGUAUAUAUACCAUACUUUCAUUGUAUUUUAGCUCUGCAAUGUUUCAAGUCAUCUCCUAUCAGCAGGUAGCACUUCACUAGUUCCCAAAACAUUUUGAAAUGCAAAUUAAGAGUUUUGCAACCUUGGCAAUGGCACUUUUGAAAUAUAUAUAUAUAUAUAUAUUUUAAAUAGCAAACCCUAAGAUGAAAAGCUGUGUUAAACUGCUUGAAUUAUAUUUAUUCUGGAAGUGCACAGAAGUCAGACUGAACUCUCGUGUGUGAAUAUUUAAGACAGGACUGUUAGCCUUCCCAGCUUCUUAGCUUUAUCAUGGCAGUUGGUUGUGUCUUCCCACUGGUGUUUUUCAAAACGAGGGAAAGACCGGCCAUCCUGGAUUAUCGGUGCAGCUUUUUGGUCCAUUGCAGCGUUUAACUGCUUUAAAUGGAGGUCAGGAAGAAUGAUGUAGAACAUGAAAAAAAAACCUGUUCUUAUUGAACCGGCCCCCACCUAGCCUAGCUGUCUAUUUGUGAUCACAAUGGUUCACUAGCAUGCAAUAAAACCAUUUCCUGGCCUUCUUAGGGGUGCUGUGGAUUAAAUCCAAGACACUCUGCAUGCAAAGAAUGUGUGUUCCGCCUCUGGACUGGGGCUUUCAUGUGGUUCCUAAUACAUGCUGAAAAAUUCCAUUUUUUUUUACCCCAUAAAAGAUCAAAUGAGUGUGUAGAGAAGUGAAAAAUGGUGUUUGGGCAAUUGGACAAUCACUUUGAAGACUGAUAACGAUCCUGUUCAGUAUCGCUAGUGUUGUGCAGAGCUUUAUGGCCUGGAUUGCGUUUGGAACAGAUCUGUGCUGCUCUUAAAAUUGCUCCAAGAGAUCUCAAUGUAGACAUUGGAGGAGGGAUUUUAGCUUUAUGAAAUGAUUGACUGGACAUAAAUCAAGGCAGGGACAGGGUCGUGAAAUAGGGCAUGUUUUGGUGCCUGUAAGUUCAGCCCAUUUGUGUGAUUGAUAAGUUUUAUAAAGGAACAAAACCAAAAGUCUGAUUUCAAAAAAAAAAAAAAACCUGCUAAUUCAGCCUUCAGGCACUAUCAGCAGCUCUGCUUCUUCCUAGCCUAGCUUCUCCAAAGAGGAAAAAAAACAAUUGUGUCCCGUAGAUUAAGCCAUAGUUAAACACUGAAAUCUUUCCUGCAUUUAGUAGACUUUGGAUUCAAAAUUCCCAUCCAGUCAUUCUUGCAUCAAGAUACACUUAAAUUUACCUAUUGAUACCCUUAUACAAAUGGUGUAUUUCCUGAUUUAACAGACUGGGGGCAUAAUAGAAGCCCUUUUCUGUUAAAUGGCCUUGAGUUUUCACUAUAAUUGACAAAUCAGAAUCCCAAAGAACUCGUACUUAAUUUGCAAAUAUUUUACCCAAAGAAGAAAACUACAACACAGACUUUCUGCCAUGAUUGGUCUUUAUUUUUUUUUUAAGAUGUCACUA